AUGGCCGCCGAAAUCACACCUUCCAAGCAGGCUGCUUCCGCCAUUGACGCCUUCAAGAUGGAGUCUCCCGUCAAGAAGCUCAACUUUGCCCCAUCCGACAAGGAAAACAAGCCUUUCAAUGCCGACCUCACCACCCUCGAGGCCGAGAUGGAUGCCAAGUUUGAGAACAAGAAGGAGGAGAUCAAGACAGUCGCUGCCCCAGAACCAAAGCAAGAGCUCCUCGAUGAGCCGCUCCUCACCGAGAACCCUCAGCGCUUCGUCUUGUUCCCCAUCAAGUACCAUGAGGUCUGGCAAAUGUACAAGAAGGCCGAGGCUUCCUUCUGGACUGCUGAGGAGAUCGAUCUCUCCAAGGAUCUCCACGACUGGAGCAACAAGCUCAACGAUGACGAGAAGUUCUUCAUCUCCCAUAUCCUCGCCUUCUUCGCCGCCUCCGAUGGUAUCGUCAAUGAGAACCUUGUCGAGCGUUUCAGCGCCGAGGUCCAGAUUCCCGAGGCCCGCUGCUUCUACGGCUUCCAAAUCAUGAUGGAGAACAUCCACUCCGAGACCUACUCCCUUCUCAUUGAUACCUACAUCAAGGAGCCAUCUCAGCGCACCUACCUCUUCAAUGCCAUCGACACCAUUCCCUGCAUCCGCAAGAAGGCCGACUGGGCCCUUCGGUGGAUCUCCGACAAGGAUGCCUCCUUCGCCCAGCGCCUUGUUGCCUUCGCUGCUGUUGAGGGUAUCUUCUUCAGUGGUGCUUUCGCCUCCAUAUUCUGGCUCAAGAAGCGCGGCCUCAUGCCUGGUCUCACCUUCUCCAACGAGCUCAUCUCCCGUGAUGAGGGUCUCCACACCGACUUUGCCUGCCUUCUGUUCUCUCACCUCAACAACAGACCCAGCAAGCAGCUCGUCGAGGACAUCAUCCGCGAUGCCGUCACCAUUGAGCAGGAGUUCCUCACCGAGGCUCUUCCCUGCGCCCUGCUCGGCAUGAACUCGAACCUCAUGAAGCAGUACAUUGAGUUCGUCGCUGACCGUCUCCUUGUCGCCCUCGGCAACGACAAGAUCUACCGCUCCACCAACCCCUUCGACUUCAUGGAGAAUAUCUCCCUCGGCGGCAAGACCAACUUCUUCGAGAAGCGUGUCGGCGAGUACCAGAAGGCUGGUGUCAUGAACAGCACCAAGAAGUUUGAGGAGUCUGCUGAGGAGAGCAAGAACGAGAACGGCGGCGACUUUGCCUUUGACGAGGACUUUUGAGCGUCUUGUCAUUUGCGCUGCUGCUGAUUUCUCUGCUCUUUUUGUCUUUUUAUAACGACUAAUACCCCCUCACGCAUUUCUUUUUUUCUUUUCAUAAACUUCUGGUAUAGACAGAAGGAUAACGUCACAGGCGGAGCGGGCGGGCAAAUCUUGUAUGUUGGAUAGUAAUCCCCUGAAGGUCAUGUACAACAAAGACUGUUUUGUUACGGAUUACGGUAGGCAGGCGUGGAUUUCCACAUCAUUGAAAGGCGUCUGGAGUUUUGUUUUUGCUGAACGCGCAAACAAAGAACGAAAUGGGUUCUUUUAGGGAUGGAUGAUGGAUGCCUCAUGAGUAUGAGGUGGGAUAUUUGGGAAGGAAAGAGACAUACAUAAGUAGUAUGGGAUUGUAUGAGUAGGACCUCAGCUAAUGAAGGGAUUACACUGCACUGUUUGUUCCUCGCAUGAAAUAUCUUGGUGUCGAAUGUGAUUGUGUCCAGUUUUG